CAUCCACCGAUUCGAUAAUCGCCUUCCAAAUCCAUCUCCGCCAUGGCCACCACCGUCUUCUCUCCCUCCGCCGCCCUCCCCCCCACCAAACCACCGCCGCAAUCCAAAUCACAGGUUACUACUGUCUCCAUCCCCUUCGAAAAACCGCGCCUCAAUUUAGCGGCUGCGGCGGCGGCGGCGGCGAUUGCUGCGACUGUGCUGACGGCGGCGCCGCCGCCUUCGCUAGCGGAGUACAAAGUCUACUACGGCACCGCCGCGAGCGCGGCGAAUUACGGCGGGUACGGCGGAAAUUCCGACAAGAAAGCCUCGGCGGAGUACGUGUACGACGUGCCGGAGGGGUGGAAGGAGAAGCUCGUGACGAAGAUUCAGAAGGGGACGAACGGUACGGACAGCGAGUUCUACAAUCCUAAGAAAAAGUCGGAGAAGGAAUACCUAACUUUCCUCGACGGAUUCCCCCGAUUGGCGCCGAAGGAUGUGGUUCUGAACAAUCUGGCGCUUUCCGACGUGGACCUGCAGGACCUGAUCGCCGGCGCCGACAAGGUCACCGCUGAGGAGAAGCCGGACGAGAAAGGACAGGUGUACUACGUGUACGAAAUCGAAGGCGGCGGCGGCCACAGCCUCAUCUCCGUCACGUGCACCAAGAACAAACUCUACGCGCAUUUUGUGAACGCGCCGACGCCGGAAUGGAAUCGGGAUCAAGAAACCCUCAAUCACUUGCAUCAAUCUUUCAAAACAAUUAAUUAAGCUGUUAUUAUAUUCUUAUAAUUUUAAAAGUUGUUUUUUUAA